AUGAGCUACUGUCCCGCCGAUGGCAGGGUGCUCGGUAAAGGAAUCAAGCCCGCCACAGUCGAGGAUGUCAACGAACUCGUUCGAGUUGCGAAAGCUGCUCAGCCGGAAUGGGCGAAGACCACCUUUGCGGAGCGCAGAAAGGUUCUCCGGACACUGUUGAAAUACGUUCUAGACCACCAAGAUGACCUCGCUAUCGCAUGCUGUCUCGAUUCGGGUAAAACAAAAGUUGACGCUUCGUUCGGCGAGAUCCUAGUGACGGUGGAGAAGCUCAAGUGGACAAUCGAUCAUGGCGAGAAGGCACUGCAGCCAGAACGGCGGCCGACCAACUUCCUAAUGAUGUACAAGAAGAAUGUGGUCAGAUACGAACCGCUUGGUGUUGUGGGUGCCUGUGUGUCCUGGAAUUAUGCCCUACACAACUUCAUCGGCCCCAUCAUCAGUGCGUUGUUCAGCGGCAACGCAAUUGUUGUGAAACCUUCUGAGCAGACCGCAUGGUCGGCGUUAUACUUCCUUGAUAUGGUGCGUGGCGCACUCUCCAGCUGUGGUCACUCUCGCGAUUUGGUACAGAUGCUAGUGUGUCUGCCCGACGUGGCCGAUACAUUCACCUCGCACCCCGAUAUCGCCCAUUUGACCUUCAUCGGAUCCCGACCCAUCGCUCACAAGGUCUGUGAAUCGGCCGCCAGGGCCCUUACGCCCGUAUGUGUCGAAUUAGGCGGCAAGGACCCAGCUGUUAUCCUGGAUGACUCCCGCACUCUCCGCAAUAUGCCCACUAUUGCCUCGCUCCUCAUGCGCGGUGUCUUCCAAUCAGCUGGUCAGAACUGUAUUGGUGUCGAGCGAAUCAUCGCCCUUCCAAACGCAUACGACCGACUCAUCGAAAUCGUAACCCCACGCAUUCAAAAGCUCUAUCUCGGGUCCGUCCUCCUCGACGCCACAACCCCAGAUGUUGGUGCGAUGAUCUCACCAACCUCCUUCGCCAAGCUUGAGGCUAUCAUCAACGAAGCCGUACAACAGGGCGCACGUCUCCUCGCUGGCGGAACCCAAUACAAACACCCAGUUCAUGAACACGGCCAUUAUUUCACACCAACCCUCCUAGUGGAUGUAACCAGUGACAUGCGUAUUGCCCAAACAGAGCUCUUCGCUCCGGUCUUCCUCGUGAUGCGCGCUGAGUCCGUAUCGCACGCAAUCGCCAUCUCCAACUCAACUGAGUAUGCACUAGGUGCCAGCGUUCAUGGUCACUGCCGGGCAGACGUGGAAGCCUGCGUCUCGCAGAUCUCCGCCGGGAUGGUGGCUGUCAAUGACUUCGGUUCCUUCUACGCCGUGCAGAUGCCAUUCGGCGGCGUGCGCGGGUCCGGAUAUGGCCGAUUCGCAGGUGCAGAGGGACUGCGCGGUCUGUGCAAUAUGAAAUCUGUUUGCAUUGAUCGUUUCCCUACUUUGAUCGGCACUGCUAUUCCGCCGCGCCUGGACUAUCCGAUUCAGAACCGGGAGAACCCAGCUGACGCUAAGAGUGGGGUUGCAGCAUGGGAGAUGUGUAAGGGUAUUGUCGAGACGGGGUAUCAAUUGACGCUGGGUGGGCGUAUCUCUGGUAUUCUACGGCUGUUGGGCAAUAUGUGA